CCGUGCAAUGGACUGUGGGAGCGGUGCCACGUAAUAUGUGACAACUUCCGAUUACAAGUCAUAUCAUAUGUGUCGUGAUGAGCGAAAACGUGAAAAUUGAAGCAUAACACGAGUUUUAAGUCGAACUUGUGGACACUUGGAUGUACUUGAUUGAAGUGACGUGGAAUGCUAAGGUUCGUCAUGGCUCAGAUUUUGGCUACUUUAAUGAGAGGAGCCGAAAUGAGCAACACUUAACCAAUUUCGAGUUACAGGUCUCAAUACAACAUAACAAAUGGCCCAACCAAGUGGAUAUUCCAAUGUCUUGGCACCUUCUGCAGCACAAGGAAUUCCUGUUGUGGUUCCACCACAGCCUAGUCUUAUUCCCAAUGGACAGCCACCUCAGUGGAAUCGCCCUCCAACCUUCCCACAUGCUGUGAAACCCAGACCUUCUCCAGCUGGAAUUAAUGUAGCCACUUCUAUUACAUCUAAUGGAACACCAACUCCAUCCAGUUACAGCCAUCCAGGCAGCUUAUCUUCACAUUCUUCAAGAGACCCUUCACCCAUUCCUUCUGAUCGCCAUGGUGAGAAUCUUUCCAGUUCAUCACCAAAUCUUACCAUGACCAAUACUCAACAUCCACAUCAGAGAAGUCAUCCAUAUCAGCACUCAACAACACCUCCAGUGUUGAAUACUUCAUCAAAGAGAGAUUCCCCAGGAAUGGUUUUAAAUACUUCCCAACGCAGGAUUAUACAGCAUCCUGUAGGACAUUCUGUGUCUUCAGUUUAUAAUGCACCAGUAAUUCCACCAUCUCCUGUCACCCAAAAUUCUGGCCAGGCAAAAUCAGUAGUUGGACUACAGAAUGCUUCAAGCCCUCUGUUAACAUCAGAUUGUUCAUUUUCUGCAGCUGAGUGGAGUAAUCACACCAUGACAUCAAGCUCACAUCAGGUAGCACCCCUUGAAACCGGUUACUCCCAAGAAGUGAUUUCUCAAAAUGUUGUUUCACAGAACAUUCCUUCACAAUUUAAUCGAAGUAAUCAACAACAAAGGUUAGGGACUAGUCAUUUGCCUCCAAAUAUUCAUCCACAAAAUUUAGAAUCAAAUUCUAAUCAACAGAAUUUUGAUGGAAGAUCAGGACCCCCACAGAACUUGUUGGCAGGAGUAAGCUAUGCUCCUCCUUACACGCAGAUAACAACUAGCGUUAUCAGUGGCCCACCACUGCAGCAUCAGCUAUUGUCUCGACAGGGUACAGGAUUGCCACACCAAAGUAUACAAGGCCAGAAUUCUACUAUGUCUUCUCCUGUGCCAAGGACAAAUGCUCAAAGCUUUGUACCAAACCAGUUGUUGAACAAACCAUGUAGCCAGUCAGGGCCAGCUUUUGGUAUGUUACCAAUGCCAGGUCCACCAGUUGGUACAAAUACAGCCCAGCAAUCAAUGCAGCCAUCACUUAUGGGUCAACACAUGACCCAGCCUGGAAUUCUGUCUCAUAAGGGCACCUCCCAGAUACAGCCAGGAAUCCCAUCAGUUACUGGAGAUGCUCAGAAACCUCCUAGCAUGGGCUAUCCACAGCCUCCAAUGCCUAAUCAGUUUCCAGUACAUCCUCAACAGGGUACAGCUCAGUAUGAUAGUGGCCAUCAUUUUGGGAGACGUUACCCUCAGCAGCAAACAUACCAGCAGAGGGGCCAAACUAGUGGAGAUAUUCCAACAUCACAGAUGUCAGGGUUGUCUGUUACACAGAUGGGUUUCAACAAACUCUGGGGAAUGGAAAGUAUUGAUCUCCUUCAAAAUAGAAAUGUUUUGCCUACAGGAAAAGUUGAAGUACCAAAAGUUAGAUUACAUCAGGAGUUCUUAAAUAGUGUUAAUUGUAGUCCUGAAAUUUUUAGAUGUACUUUAACAAAAGUUCCAGGAACAAAUUCUCUUUUGCAAAAGUCAAGAUUGCCAUUAGGAAUUCUUAUUCAUCCCUUUAAGGAUUUAAAUAACUUGCCUGUUAUCCAGUGUAGUACCAUUGUGCGAUGCCGGUCAUGCAGAACAUACAUCAACCCGUUUGUCUAUUUUGUUGAUCACAAGAGAUGGAAAUGCAACUUAUGCUUCAGAGUCAAUGAACUUCCUGAAGAAUUCCAGUAUGAUCCAGUGACCAAAACAUAUGGUGAUCCCACUAGAAGACCAGAAAUUAAAUCUUCUACCAUUGAAUAUAUAGCUCCAUCAGAAUAUAUGCUCCGACCACCACAACCAGCUGUAUACCUGUUCCUGUUAGAUGUAUCUAGGCUAGGAGUUGAAUGUGGUUAUCUUCGCAUGUUCUGUGACAUUUUACUAGAAGAGUUGGAUAAAUUGCCUGGCGAUGGCAGGACACAAAUAGGAUUCAUCACAUAUGACAGUAGCAUUCAUUUCUAUAAUCUUGCAGAGGGACUGAACCAGCCUCAGCAGAUGAUUGUUGUGGAUACUGAAGAUGUGUUCUUGCCAUGUCCUGACAAUUUGUUGGUAAACUUUGCUGAAAGUCGAGAGCUAGUGAAGGAUCUCCUGAAGCAGUUGCCAACAAUAUUCCUCAAUUCACAUGAUACAAAUUCAUCUCUAGGGCCAGCGCUGCAGGCUGCUUAUAAACUGAUGGCACCAACUGGUGGCCGAGUGACGGUAUUCCAGUCCUGUUUGCCCAACCAUGGACCUGGGUUACUUACUGUUCGUGAAGAUCCAAGCCAACGUGCUGGUAAAGAGGCACCACAUCUUAAUCCUGCCACUGAUUUCUACAAGCGGCUAGCUCUUGAUUGCUCAGGACAGCAAGUUGCUGUCGAUCUUUUCCUUAUCAACAGCCAGUACAGUGAUCUGGCCACACUUUCGGGUAUAUCACGAUUCUCAGGAGGUUGUAUCUUCCACUUCCCACUCUUCAAGGCAUCUGACACAGUACUGUCAGAUAGUUUUAAGCGUUCUUUUAGGCGGUACCUCACCAGGAAGAUUGGCUUCGAAGCUGUUAUGAGGAUAAGAUGCAGCAGGGGUUUGGCAAUACAUACGUUCCAUGGCAAUUUCUUUGUAAGGUCAACAGACUUAUUGUCUUUGCCAAAUGUGAAUCCUGAUGCUGGGUUUGGUAUGCAAGUGUCUGUUGAAGAAAGCCUGUCUGAUUUGCAGAAUGUCUGCUUCCAAGCAGCUCUUUUGUAUACUUCAAGCAAAGGGGAACGCCGAAUUCGGGUGCAUACGCUCUGUUUGCCGGUUGCUGCUAACUUAAGUGAUAUUUUAUAUUCUGCUGAUCAGCAGUGUAUAGUUGGACUGCUUGCAAAAAUGGCUGUUGACAGAUCACAUACGUCCUCACUCUCAGAUGCCAGGGAUGCAUUUAUUAAUGUGGCUGUUGAUGUUCUGUCUGCAUAUAAGUUGAUACAAUCCAGUGGAGGUCCUACCAGUUUGCUCACUCCCAGCAGUCUUCAGUUGCUGCCUCUCUAUAUAUUAGCACUCCUUAAAUAUGUUGCUUUCAGAACAGGUCAGAGUACACGGCUGGAUGAUCGUCUGUUUGCCAUGUGUCAGAUGAAGACCCUACCUUUGACAAACCUCAUCCAAGCCAUCUACCCAGACAUGUAUCCUGUACACUAUCUGGAUGACAAGAGUUGUGCUGAAGUAGAUAUUGAAGGCACUCUUGUACCCCAGCCUCCUCAUCUCCAUUUGUCAGCAGAGAAACUGGACUCCCAUGGAGCAUUCCUUAUGGAUGUUGGUGACCACAUGAUGAUGUAUGUUGGUCACAAUAUCAGCAGUCAGUUCUGCACUGCUGUUCUGGGUGUUCCAUGCUUCUCUCACAUACCAGAAGAAAUGUAUGAACUACCCGAGAUAGAAAGCCCAGAGUCAGAAAGGCUACGAAACUUUGUGAAUCACUUACAGAAUGAGAAACCUUACCAAACAAUGCUCCAAGUGAUCAGGGAUGACAGUUGUUAUCGAGGGAAGUUCGUUGACCGACUAAUUGAGGAUCGUACUGAAUCAGCAGUGUCUUAUUAUGAAUUCCUGCAGCACCUCAAGACAAAUGUCAAGUGAUCAUUCACUAUAAGUUACAUGAUUUUUGAAAGUAAAUGUGUGUUAUAUAUAUAUAUACACACACACACACUGUUUGUAGGGUAACAAAUAAUUACUACUGGUUUAAAUAGUAGCGCACCUAUAUUUAAAACAACAGAAGUUCAACAUUCUAAAGAAAGAGGAAAUCUUUUUUCAUAACCUUUUGUUGCAUAUGAACCUACAGGAUGUUUGCCAUUUAAAUAUGAAUGGCUGUAUUGGAAGUUGUAAGAAAUGUGAUAGUUGAAGAUGAUAAUUCUGUUAUAUACUUGGGCAUAAUAAUAUACAUAUUUAUUUAUUGUGUUGGCAAUGUGUAUACAUGAUUUGAAGCAGUGGUUUUCUUUGGCCUACUGUUUGUUGUAAUACAGUAAGGAAAGUGAACUGCUUUUUGUGUGUAUGUGUGUGAGAUAUUGAACUAUGUAACCUAAUGGCCAAAGUAUAUCUUUGCAAGGUUUUAGUCAGUUGUGGGGUUAUGAUUUUUGUAAUAUAUUAUAAUCAUUAUACAGUAAGCAAGUGUAAACCCAGAUAAAUAGUUAAGUCUUUCUUUUUGGCUUUGCAUUGAUUGGACAGAAUUUUACAUGCCAUUACUAGAAUUAAAACUAUGGUAUUAUUUUAAUGAAAUGUAGAUAGAAAGUUGUUAUAUAAAACUUGAGUGGUGUGUGUAUUAUUAGGUAAAGAAGUGAAUGAAAGAAUAAAAGCCUGAGAUUGUA